AUGGCGGCGCCGGACCUCGACCAGAUCCCCGAUGUGGACAUCGAUCCCGACGGCGUCUUCAAGUACGUGCUGAUCCGCGUCCACGCGGCGCCGGCGGGGCAGAGCAAGGAGAUCGUGCGCGGCUACAAGUGGGCCGAGUACCACGCUGACAUCUUCGACAAGGUGUCGGGCGAGAUGCAGCAGAAAGGCUAUGGCUGUGAGUGCCUGGGCGGCGGGCGGAUCUCCCACCAGAGCCAGGACAAGAAGAUCCACGUGUACGGCCACUCCGUGGGGUUCGGCCGCGCCCAGCACUCCAUCUCCACCGAGAAGAUCAAAGCCAGGUACCCGGACUACGAAGUUACCUGGUCAGACGACGGCUACUGA